AUGGCUCCGGUUUCGCUACCCAUUCUCACCUUACUUCUCGUCUCUACGGCUGCUGCUCUUGUUCGACACAAGCGAGAAUGGAUCCCUCCCCCAAAACAACUGGAAGAAAAUAAAGAUUACAGAGAUGAGAUUGUGGCAAAGAUUUUUUCAGAUUCGGCUGAUGGCUCGGGGAACAUCCUGUACUCGUUGGAAGGCAACGGCGCAUCCAAGAUUCCGUUUAACUUGUUUGUGGUCAACCCCAAAACGGGUGACAUCCGAGUGACGCGGCCGCUCGACCGGGAACAGCACAGCUUAUACAAUAUCACCGGAGUUGCUAAAUACAUGGACGGGAACUUAGCAGAACAGAAGAUACCGCUGCAAUUCAAAAUAUUGGACAAGAAUGACAAUGCUCCAGUGUUUGAGAUCAUGAAGCCUGGGGCCGUGGACGAACUCACUGCUCCAAACACACCAAUUAUGAAAAUUAGCGCCACUGACGCAGACGAGGGCAUAAACGCUAAGAUUUUGUACAGUAUUGUGAGCCAGGACCCUCCCGACGACAUGUUCGCCAUCACACCAACGGGGGAGCUGUAUGUGAAGAGGCCCAACCUUGACAGAGAGAAAAGCAGUAAAUAUGUAGUGGUGGUGAAAGGGCAGGAUCUGAACGGCGCUCCAUCAGGAAACAGUGGCACAGGGACAGUGACCAUCAACAUCGGAGACGUGAACGAUAAUCCCCCCACUCUGACAGAAAAGAGGUAUGAAGCAAGCAUCAUGGAGAACCAGAAAGGGGUGGAAGUCAUGAGACUGAAAGCAGAAGACUUGGACUUGGUGAACACUCCAAACUGGGAGGCAGAUUUUGAUAUCGUCACUGGCAACGAGGCGGGAUACUUUGAAAUAAUUACUGAUCCUAAGACAAACGAAGGAGUCCUAAUGCUUGUGAAGCCUCUAAAUUACGAAGAUAUACAAGACUUGGAUCUUUCUCUGGCUGAGCUGGGGGAGGAGCUGGGGCUGGAGCUGGGACUGGAGCUGGGGCUGGAGCUGCGUCCGGGGCAAGUGGCGCAACUGGGGCAAGUGGCGCAACUGGGACAGGUGGCGCAACUGGGACAGAAUGAGCCUGAAGGACCCAGCUUUGACCCCAAAGUCAAGGCCAUCCCUAUCUCAGAGGGAGGCACCACCUCCAUCCUUAAUAAUGUGAUUGGACGAUACCAGGCGAUAGACCAGGACACCGGCAAACCAGCGGAUAACGUCAGGUACAUCAAAGGAAACGACCGUGGGAACUGGCUGAUCAUCGAUCCAGUGACAGCAGAGAUAAAACUGAACAAAGUUCCUGACAGAGAGUCCCCCCUGCUGGUCAAUGGCACGUACUACGCUGAAGUCCUCUGCAUUAGUGAUGACAUGCCUGGAAAAACUGCCACAGGGACUGUAGCCAUCCAGGUGGAGGACUUUAAUGACCAGUGUCCCACUCUCACCUUCCCCACUCAGACCCUGUGUCUGACGGACACCGCCGUCUUGGUCAAUGCCGAUGAUGGAGACGCUUUCCCAAACGGACCGCCCCUGACCUUUACCAUCAUUCCAGAGAACACGCAGGGAAAGUGGCAUGUGGAACACUUGAAUGACACAGCUGUUAUCCUGAGGACAGAAGAAGAGUCCCUCUGGCCUGGUGUCUAUGAGGUGGAGUUUAUCAUCACUGACCAGCAGGGGGAGUCAUGUCCCGAGCCACAGAGAGUCCAGGUGACCGUGUGUACAUGUGAGGAUGGAGAGAAGUGUGGCAAACGAGAAGGGAACGGGAAACCAGAGAAAACUGCAGAAUUCGGUCCUGCCGGCAUUGGCCUGCUAUUCCUGGGACUGCUGUUACUUCUACUGCUUCUCCUGCUGGCUUUGUUCUGUAACUGCGGAGGUGCUGGAGGUCUGCCUGGUGGAUUUGCAGAAAUGCCAUUUGACAACAAAUCGCGACUUAUAAAUUACCGCACAGAGGGUCCAGGGGAAAACACACAGCUGAUGAACGUACCAUUGCAGAAUGACACAGACUUUGUGGAUGUAGGAAUGGCAAAUAAAACAUCAGCCAUGGGUCAGAUGGGAACUAUGAACCUACAGCAGCGGUCUCUUGUUUCAAUGGACGAGAUGAAUGGGGGGAUGGGCUACGGAGCGGGUCAGAUGGAUGGUACCUGGAGGGGCAUGAGUCAGAUGGGAGGCAGUGGUUUUCAGUCGGAGUACAUGAGCAGAGAGAGGGACACAGGGAUAUAUGACGGCAUGGCUCUGCCUCACCACUUCCUGGGACAGUACUACAACCAGAAGGUGCAGAGCUCCGAGGCCCAGACUGGGAAGGACCAACUCCUGGAGUACAAAUACGAGGGCCAGGGCUCCAUUGCGGGCUCUGUGGGCUGCUGCAGCUCUCUGGCUCUGGACAACGACCUAGAAUUCCUUGAGGACCUGGACCCCAAGUUUAAGACUCUGGCUGAGAUCUGUGGGGGCCGGACCAAGGUCGAAGUGAGGGGACCCCCUCCUCCCAGCACCUCCAUCAGCUCUCACACAACAGUAUCCAAGGUGAUGGCCCCGGGACCCUUACCAGAGCUCAUGCCCACACCACUGCCCCCUCCUAAAGCAGAAGUCAUCAGCAGCAGUGAUGUACGAGAGAGUUCUGAACGCACUCAGACCCUGUCAGUCACAGAGAUGAACAGGGAGGCCCCCAGGGGCCCGGCCCCUCAGGCCCCUCAGGGCCAAGUGCUGUUCCUCCAGCAACAGCCGCAGCUCUACUACACCACAGCUCCGGUUGUACAGCCCAUGCACUACAUGGUCCAGCCUCCGAUGCAGAACACAGUGCUGCUCAGAGAGGCCCCGGGGCCCAACAUGCAGAAUGUGAUGCUAGUGAAUGCUCAACAGAGUGGCUCCACACAAGGCCUGGUGAUGCAGGGACAGGUUGUGGGGCAGCCUCAGGGAAUGGUGCUAGUGGAGAAAUCACAUGGAGGGCCCACUGUGUCGGGCUCUCAGACCAUGGUGCUGGUGGAGGGGAAGGGCCCCUCUGGCUCCAAACAGGUGCUGAAGAGCGGCCAGGGUCUGGUGCAUCCUGGAGUCUCCGGCUCUCAGACAGUGCUGCUGGCUCAGGGACCGCAACCUGGGGCUCUCAGUGGGGCUAUGUCGGGCUCUCAGAGGGUGCUGGUGAUGGGGUCUGCACAAGGCCAAGAGCCUGGGGCUCUUAAUGGGGCAUUGUCGGGCUCGAGGGUGCUGGUGAUGGGGUCUGCACAAGGCCAAGAGCCUGGGGCUCUUAAUGGGGCAUUGUCGGGCUCGAGGGUGCUGGUGAUGGGGUCUGCACAGGGCCAAGAGCCUGGGGCUCUUAAUGGGGCUUUGGCAGGCUCUCAGAGGGUGCUGGUGAUGGGGUCUAACACUACACUGGACCAAAAUAGCGGGUUCAAGAGCAGUGUGACACAAGGACACUCAGGGUCUCCAAGGGCCAACAAGAGCAGCUCCAACAGCACACGGAACAUGGCAGGAAACAGCAGUGCGCCCUCUGGCUCCAGGAGGAUGGUGGUGCAGGAGAAGGUGCAUCUUCAAUGA